AUGUCGGCCCCGCGCAGACGCCCCGCGGCCGCGGCCGGGGGGGGCCCCGAGGGGGCGGCCGAGGGGGGAGCCCCCGCCGGAGCCCCCGCGGCCGGCGAUGCGGAGCGGGGCAUGGCGGCCCCGCCGCUCUGCCUGCGCCUGCUGGCCGCCGCCUUCUACGGCCUCAGCUCCUUCCUCAUCGUCGUCGUCAACAAGAGCGUCCUCACCACCUACGGGUUCCCGUCCUCGCUGUGCGUGGGGCUGGGCCAGAUGCUGGCCACCGUGGCCGUGCUCUGGGCGGGGAAGGUGCUGCGGGUGGUCAAGUUCCCUGACCUGGACAGACACGUGCCCCGGCGGACGUUCCCUCUACCUCUCCUGUAUUUCGGGAACCAGAUCACGGGACUGUUCAGCACAAAGAAGCUGAACCUGCCCAUGUUCACGGUGCUGCGCAGGUUUUCCAUCCUCUUCACCAUGUUUGCCGAGGGAUUCCUGCUCAAGAAGAAGUUUUCCUGGAGCAUUCAGAUGACAGUAUUUGCCAUGAUCUUUGGUGCAUUUGUAGCUGCCAGUGCUGACUUGGCGUUCGACCUGGAGGGAUAUAUUUUUAUCCUCAUCAACGAUGCCUUAACAGCUGCAAACGGUGCCUACGUGAAACAGAAGCUGGACUCAAAGGAGCUGGGCAAGUACGGGCUGCUCUACUACAACGCGCUCUUCAUGAUCCUCCCCACGCUGGCCAUCGCCCUCGUCACCGGCGACGCGCACAAGGCAAUGGAAUACCAGGGCUGGGCAGACACGUUCUUCGUCGUGCAGUUCACGCUGUCCUGUGUGAUGGGGUUUAUUCUGAUGUAUUCCACGGUGCUUUGCACUCAGUACAACUCUGCUCUCACAACUACAAUAGUUGGCUGCGUUAAGAAUAUUUUAAUAACCUAUAUUGGGAUGUUUUUUGGAGGAGAUUAUAUUUUUACAUGGAUGAACUUCAUUGGUCUAAAUAUCAGUAUUGCUGGGAGCCUGGUGUAUUCCUACAUCACCUUCACCGAGGAGCAGAUGAACAAGGAGUCGGAUGGCGGCAGCAAGAUGGAUAUUAAAGGGAAGAGCUCCGUGUGAGCAGGGAGAGGCCAUCGGUUCCCAUUUCGGGGUUUUCCUGUCCGCUCGACGGCGGGCGGGAGGCGGGGAAGGGUCCCGGCCGCGUGCCGGGAGCCGCGGGUGAUUCGCACAGCCGAGAUUGCUGCCUUCACAAAUCCUGGGGAAGAUCCACGCGGCCUAAUCGAGUCUGAUGGGGAGGAAUUAACGGGUUUCUGACGGAGCUGGGCGCCGGCGGCGGGCGGGGCCGCGCCGGGAUCUGCUCCGUGGCAUCCCUGGAUCCGCUCGUCCCGAAGCUGCCUGCGAGCCCGGGGCUGGCUCUGCGCCCGGCUCGCUCCCUCUGGAAGGACCCGGCGCUGUCGGCGUUCCCUGGAAGCUGCUCCAAUACCUCCUGGAUUGAACGUUCGGUGUUUUCCGGAUGGAUUUUUUUUCAGCUGUUCCCUGGUUCAUUUUCCCUUCGGUCCGUCCGUCGAUCCGCUCUUCCAGCUGGGUUUAUCGGAGCCUCGCGCUCGCUCCGGGCUCUCCGAGGCUCCUGGGGUUUUCCUGCCACUGCAGCCUUGGAUUUGGGAAAGCCGCUUGGCCUUGGAGAGAUCCGGCAGGGAGAGGGCAGCUGCCGGGAGCACGGCAGGGCCGAGGCCGUCGCACCUGGCCCGGCACAUCCGGAGAAUCCGCAAGGGCUGCAGCUCCCACCCCUGCAAGAGGAGCGAGGACUCAAAUCUUCUUUAUUUGGCGACUCCAGCGCGUCCCGGAAUUCCCGUUUUCACCUGGAUUUGAGUCACCCCGCUGGAAGAACGGGGAUUGUAACACACUGGGCAUCGUUCAGUGAUUUUUUUUAAAGGUUGUCUGACCCAGCACUUCUUUCCAGGGGUUGGUUUUUUUUUUUUUUUGGUUUAAAAAGAUUGGUUUUUAAGCUUGCUUAGAAAAAGCUUUUAGUAAAACAAGGUAUUUAGAGCUUUUUGUACCUUAACAGCUUCUCCGGACACCGACAGCGGGGUUUUUUUAGGAGAUACCUGCCUAAACUGGAACCGCUGCUAGGCAAAGCUGCGUUUGCUGGGAGUUUUUUGGAAGGUUUUGGAUGGGCAGGAGAUUUUCCGUGAGGGCGCAGCUCCAGCCUGGCGCGCUGGGGAAGGCGUGGAGCGAGCGAGCUCCAACGUCCCGCUCCUGGAGCAGCUCCAGGGCCGCGAUUCCCCCUUUUUUUUUGGCGGGAUUUUGCACUCUCCGUAGUGACAACGGGCAGUUGGGUGUCCUGGAGCAGCCCCUCAGCGCGUUCCCGCUCCGAGCACGCUGAAUAAAGAGACCCCUGAUUAUUUUAUCUCCCGGAAUUCCAGCAAAACCUGGGCUCUGUGGCAGGGGAGGGAGGGUGACAAACCCUUCCUGCUGGGCAGAAGCUCCCCAGUGCCCGCACUGGCUCCUGUACUGGUUCCCAGUAUCCAGCUGCUCCCGCCUCUUGCUGCAGCGUUCCCAAAUCCCCGUUUUUUUCCCCCCACGUGUGCUCCGACUCUGCCGCGCUGAGUUCAGCCAGGAGGUUGAUUCUUUGUAAUUUUUUUUUUUUUUUUUUAAUGAUUUUCUGUUUAUUUUUGAAUCUACUGGUUAGAUUUGCAGUCCUGACAGGGGAAGGAUUUUUAAAGCUGAUUUUGGCCACGCUGGGAUCCUGCUGGAUCCUGAACACUGGGAAAGCCAAGAAUUCCUCUAACAGUAUUUUCUAUGCUAGUAAUUGACUUUAAAAGGAAAGUUUUCUAUAGAGAAUCUAUUUACAAAAAUGAGUGUUUUAGUGCUGAAAAUCCGAAUGUGUGGCGGGCUGUGGAUGUGAGGAAUGAGAGCAGAAAGGAUUUAUGUGCCUCUGUAUUUUUGUAUUUGCUUCCAAUAAACCAAUGAACCAAAGCUG